UCCAUGAAGACAUCAAAACGAAAAAUAAAAUAAAAUUAUAAUAAAAGCAACAAAAGAGAGUGUCAACUAUAAAUAAAUUCUUCGCUGAAUUAAUUAAACAUAUUUAUAUUUAUUUGAUAAAAUUGGUCCUAGAAGGUAGUACUUAUAAUAAUAAGAAUAAAUUGUUCUUACUUAUGCUGCACAACAUUGUUUGGCUCAAAACAAUUUUACUUGUGUUUCUGUGUGUGAGCUGGUUUCACGUAAUUUAUUUGAGUUGGAGGCUGUCUGAAGGGCUAGACGUCUAGAGAUGCCGCUAACAGCGGACGUUGCGGCACAGCAAGUGCAGGAGCGCUUAAGGUCAUUGCACAGGUUGAUAUAUGACAUAGAAACAGAGAGGACUCGCAAUGAGCAAUGCAUUGACUCCAUAUUGAGAGCUGAGAAGUCCACCGAAUCUUCAUCGUCUGCGGAUGAUUCAUCCAGCUCUUCUCAACAGCAAAUGCAGUUGAAAGGUUUAUAUAAAGCAGGGCUUACUGCUGCUGAGCAGGAAGAGAGGGUGCUCCGUGCAGCGCUGUCGAGAAUUUAUGAAAUACGAUCCAUAAAGAAUGAGAGAAGGAUCCAGGCUCGACAUGCAGGCAACAAAGAGACGAUAGGCUGUGGAGCCCUAAUGAAGAUGUUGCUCAGUGCGGCCCAGACCCUACCCCUGCACGUGGGGCGCGUGGGCGAGCGCGCGCCCCCUCUGUGCGGAGCCAUACCAGCCGACCCAGGACAUAUAGCGCGGCCCGGGGACGCUGUGGCAGCCCUGGUCAGGGUCUCCGAGAAAGAGGAGAACUGGAUAUUGGCAGAGGUGGUCAGCUGGCUGCCAGCUCAAGGCAAAUACGAAGUGGACGACAUAGACGAGGAGCAGAAGAACAGGCACGUGCUGAGCAAGCGCCGCGUCGUGGCGCUGCCGCUGAUGCGUGCCGAGCCGCGCACGGACGAGCACGCGCUGUUCCCCAAGGGCGCCGUGGUGAUGGCGCUGUACCCGCAGACCACGUGCUUCUACCGCGCCGUCGUCAACCGCCUGCCCGCCUCCGCGGCCGACCCCUAUGAAGUGCUGUUUGAGGACUCGUCGUACGCGGACGGGUACUCGCCGGCCGAGCGCGUCGCGCAGCGGUACGUCAUUGCUAUAAAGGAGGGCAAGGGGCGCGGCACCUGACACUCGCGCUCGGCCCCGCCCUCCGCGCGCUCGUCGCCGCUGUCCACGGACUCGCUGCUGGACCUCUAACUGCAACGCGGGCAUACAAUGCGUUCUAACUAACAAUAGGAAUGUUUUCCCCAGUAUUGUAACGUCUUUGGCUGAGAUCUACAAAGCGUACUUUCACUACUUGAUGAAUAAUAGAUUUAAGUCUCUCUCGUUUUAACUGUGUCGUAAAUCUGAGCUAAGUCUAAGGGUGAGAUCUAUAGAGCGUGCUCUGCCUUUGCUUAGACUUAAGACAGAGUUAAAACGAGACAGAGCUAUAUCUCUCACAUAAAUCUGUCUCGUUUUAACUCAAUCUUAAGUCAGAGCAAAGUCAAAGUGCGCUUUAUAGAUUUCAGCCUAAGAGCCAUUACGCACGGUCUACUAGUCGUCCGUCAACUCGGUCGACGGCGAUCUUAGUUCUGUCGUAGACGAAUCUGUAAUUUAUAUGGAAGUCGCCGUGUGUAUGUGCACGAAGUUGCGGUAUAGACAAGGCGACUUCUAUAUACAUUACAGAUCCUAACGGUCACCGUCGACCGAGUUGCCGGACGACUAGGCGACCGUGCGUAAUGGCUCUAAGUGCGCUUUAUAGAUUGGAGCCUCAGUUGGAAAUAUAGUGAGUACCUACGCGUAAAACAAGUACGUAUUAUACGAGGCGUAUGACUGAGCAAUAUUAUACAAGAAAAGGUACUACGAUUGCGGUAGAAUGACAGCUACAAUGUCACGAUCGCAAUCACCUUUGAUUGGUUGACGCUCGCUCACUAUUGGCUACAAUGCAUUGCUGCAUACCAUAAAAGCUAAUAACAUCAAUUGCGAUUGUAAUAAUGAUUGAUGCAGGUUUUACGGAAUCGAGCUACAUAUCUAAGCCGGGCUUGUGUAUUUAAUCCAAUAUUGAAACUUCGGAUUGGAUUAGGUUCUUGAUUUGCGCGAACUAAAUAAUGUAACAAAAAUUUAAAAAAUACUGUCUGGUUAAUAUCGUAGAUGCGUACUGAUCAUAAAUAAUUUUUUUUAGCUACUUAUAAAGGCUAUUAUUUUUAAGUACCUACUUAAAGUAUAAGAAUUGUAAAUAAGUAAGGUUUACUUUUUAUGUUGUCGCAAAAUAAGAAUAGUUAACUUCGAAGAUUAGGGUGCCUGUCCACUAAAGCGGUGAGGCGUCAAUAGAUCAGAGUUAUGAAGUCUUAGAAUAAGAACUAAAGCAUAGAAAUCUGGCUGUAAGAAACGGAGAUCAAGCGAUUGUGCUCACCUAACGUAAAUUACUUCUGUGUACGAGUGAAUGAAACAUCGCGUCACUCUUGCUUUUAUUAUAUCUCGUCUCUAGUAGUAUCAUUAGAUUGAACUAAACUUUAAUAUGGUUUACCAGAUGUCAUCCGUCAAUAAUCUAAUCAUGUCUCCUCUACGCUUCCGUGGAUAAGCACCUAUAAGAAAAAUUGAAAAUAUCUUGACAGAUUUAAGACUUAAUCAGUGGAACAGAAUUCAUUGUUUAUGGGGAUAGCAGAUGGGCAGUUUGUUAAUUAAUAUAAGUAAUAAUUAUUAUCAUUAUACAUGUUAUAAUAGGAAUUCUGGAUUUCUGUAAAAUACCUUGUACCUCGUAAAUAAAGUAUUUAAAAUAGA